AUGUUUAGGUUCGCUGUGGCAGGGAAAAACCAGUUUUCGAUACGCGAUCGACGAGGCACCGAGGCAACAGAUAGGCCGUGUAUCGAAAAGCCCCUGUGGUUCCUCUAUCGACAGGCUAGAGGGUCCUUGAAAACAGAACCAUUGAAGCGCGGAGUAGAGAACUAUCUCGUAGUGCAGAGAGGGUUGUGCUCCCGUGAAGACAGCUCGGACAGACGAAGUCAUUCUAUCAUCAUGAGGUUGGAUGACCCCUCUUCGUGGUUCGUGCCUGCUUCCAUCUUCGCCAAACGCACUUUCAACCCCAUUCGAGAUGUCGUGGAGACCCUGGACCUCAGGCCCAAUCCGGACAAGCCCAUGAUCGCACUUUCUAUCGGGGAUCCAACGGUGUUUGGGAAUCUGGGGCCAUGCCAAGAGAUAAUCGAGGCAGUGCUGGAAAGCGUACGAAGUGGAUCUUUCAACGGAUACGCCCCUUCCACGGGCUACCUGGAAGCUCGGCGAGCUGUGGCAGACAAAUUCUCUUUACCCAACGCUGAACUAGAAGCCAAGGACGUGAUAUUGGCGAGCGGGUGCUCGUGUGCCCUGGAUCUGUGCAUCACCGUCCUGGCAAAUCCGGGGCAGAACAUCCUUUUCCCCAAACCAGGUUUCGCCAUCUACCGCACCCUCGCCGAGGGACUCGGGAUCAAUACCAAACAGUACAACCUAAUCCCGGACAGGAACUGGGAAGUGGAUCUGCCGCAUUUGGAAUCCCUGAUUGACCACGAGACAGCAGCCAUCGUGGUCAACAACCCUUCGAACCCCUGCGGCAGUGUCUACAAGAAAUCCCAUCUGCAAGAUAUCUUGAGCAUAGCCGCUCGACAUAAGCUUCCCAUUCUCGCCGAUGAAAUCUACGACGAUUUCGUGUUUGAAGGCGAGGAAUUCCAUCGAUUGGCAUCUUUGACCACCGAGGUUCCCAUCCUCAGCUGCGGAGGCUUAACCAAGAAAUACCUUGUUCCCGGAUGGAGAAUGGGUUGGAUUCUCAUUUAUGAUAGGCAAGGGAUCUUCGACAAGGAGGUGAGAAAAGGUCUUCAGUGCCUGAGCCAGAGGAUCAUUGGGAGUAACACCCUCAUCCAAGGUGCACUACCGGCCAUCUUCAAAAACACCCCACCCUCCUUUUUCGCAAGCAGCAUCCAACAAGUCCAGGACAAUGCUGUGCUGGCGUUCGAGCAUCUUAGCAAGAUUCCCGGGCUGACACCAGUUGCCCCUCAAGGAGCAAUGUAUAUGAUGGUCAAAAUCGACAUGGAGAACUUCCCUGAGUUCUCUAACGAAAUGGAGUUUGUGGAACGUCUCGUCUCUGAACAAUCAGUCUUUUGUCUUCCGGGCAAGUGCUUCGAUUAUCCCAACUACAUAAGAAUCGUGUUGACAGUCCCGCGGGACCAGAUGGUGGAAGCACUUCGCCGAACAGAAGCUUUCUGCCUUGCUCAUCACGUACCAGCCAGCCCAAAGAAACCACUUCCCGCAGUGGAUGUCCUCGCCUCCUUCACGUCUCUCUUAAAAUCCAACGGGAGCAUCAUCGUCGAGGACUCACUCAGCAUCCAAACCAAAUGAUGAUGUUGCUAUCCAAUAUGAUAUCAACGAGGACCAGACAGACGGAAAUACUGAUUGCGAAACGAAGACUCAGCCUGUAGAUAUAGUUUAGGAUGUGGGGAUAAAAAAAAGUAUUUUGUACAGCUAAUGUCCCAGGUGAACACGAAACCAAAUUGCAGUAUGUGAUGAUCAAUGUUGAGUCCCACUCACUGACAUCUUUGACCUAUUACCAGAACUGAGAAAUGUCAAAAGAAUAGUGGAGCUACCGGUAUUCUGUAUUUUUCACCCAUGAUCGAUGCCUAUUUGGCAAUAUAUGUUUGCAUGUCAGCGAUAUCUCGUAAAUAGUGACUUUUUAUGGUUUUACCCCCAAUAUUUUUCCGUGUUGUUAUUCCAUAAGAGAGAAAAGGGAAAAUGCACGCAUGAAUUUUUUAAAAUCAUA